AUGUCUGAACCGCCCUCUACAGCGUCCUUGGCAUCUCGAAUAGCCUCGUUGGUGCAUGCGCAUUUCGAUGCAUUGCCCACACGCAGUAAACCAACUAUCUUUCCCGAUGGCUCUAGGGAGUGGAUUCCAAUGACUGGCAUUGUAGCUGUCAAAGGUGAAAAUACAUCUUCAGAAAGUCUUCAUUGCAUAACGGUCACGAGCGGUGCGAAAUGUUUAUCAGCAUCCCAUAUCCCACGGUGUCGGGGUCUCGUCCUCCAUGAUUGCCAUGCAGAAAUCUUAGCCAUCCGCGCCUUCAACUACUGGCUCUUAACAGAAUGUCAUGACUUAAUCACCGAAGAAAAGCUUGAGAAUACUAAGCCCUCUCUGUCGCCAAUCAUUCGGAGGAGAGCAUUCCCAAAUGACUGCAGUGGCACGUCAAAUUCAUCAAUAGAUUGGCCACCUUUUGAGAUUCGGCCCGACGUCAAACUAUACAUGUAUUGCACCUGUGCUCCUUGUGGCGAUGGAAGCAUGGAGCUGUGCAUGGCCGCUCAAGACGAUGCAACGCCUUGGGAGGUGAUACGUGAAACAAAUAACACCUCAGAGGCACAGGAAGGCCCUGCUUUGGUGGAAGAUAAUCUCCUCGACGGUCGAGCUCAUUUCUCUCUUCUGGGCGUCGUGCGUCGCAAACCAGCACGCACAGAUGCGGAGUCAACGCGCAGUAAAUCAUGCUCAGAUAAGCUCGCUUUGAAACAGGUUUCAUCUCUAUUAUCAUGGCAGACCAGUCGGCUGGUUGCCCCAACUCAAAAUGCAUACCUGGCGGGCCUCGUUCUUCCCGAGGACGAGAUCAGUCACAUUGCGUGUAAAAGGGCAUUCGGUGCGAAUGGCCGAAUGAAGGCUUUAGAGGGGCGUUCCUGGCCGUCUGAUACCCCGGGUCGCAUCGGAUAUCAAUUCCGUCCUUUCCAGAUUCUUUCUGUGCCUGUUCGGGAAAUCGAGGCACUUUGGAAAUUUGCGAAGCCGAAAUCUAUCACUCCAGAAGCUUCAGAUGCCGCCAUCACGCCAAGGAAGAGCAAACCAGGCAAUGUCAGCGCUGUAUGGACUUUAGCUCCAUCACAUUCGCAUAGGUGUGCGGUGCUAUCAGAUGUCGGUAGCAAGCAGUUACCCUCGCUCUUCCGAUCCAAGACUGGCUUAUAUGAAAGCAUUAUUGGAGGUGUGAAGCAAGGUAACAAGGCAUCCUCGCCUCUUCCGCGUGGUGCGUCAGCGCUAUCUCGGUCGAAGCUUUGGGCACUCAUGUCAAACAUCCUUGAGUCAGAAGGCCGCGCACAGGAUUCCCAAGACGACAGGGAGCAGUCGGCGAACAAAACCGUCGAGGCCCUUCCAGAAACGUGCCCUCCGCAAGAUACUCAAAAGGCAACUACGUACCAAGUCUUGAAACAAUCCCCAGACAAGGUAUUAGGUCCCCAUCAACCUCGCGAAGAAGCAAUACGGGAUGCCAGAGAGGUUCUCAAAGGGUGGAUACGGAAUGUAGGAGAUGAAGACUGGGGUUUAGAUGUCUUGGUUGAUCCAAAGAAGCGAAAACGCUGA